ACCGGGGGCCGCAGGCCCCGCAGCGGUCCUCGGCGGUCCUCCCCGCUUUUUGACUGUGGGAGAGGGGAACGGGGGAAGAAGGGAGGCGCGGCGCCCCCCACCAUCCUCGGUUGGACCCCCGGGUUCUGGACUUCACCCAUCCCCGUCCCCAGAGCCCCGCGAGCCUCGCCGAGCCGCCUCCAUGGCCGCCCCCCUCCACGGCCUCCCGCCACCGCCGCCGCCGCUGGGCCUGAGCCUGCUUCUCCCCGUGUUGAUGUCCGCCGUGGCCGCCCUCCCGGCCCUCGUCCCCAGGGUCAGCUACGCCACAGGCGACGGGCGGCGGGCAGUGGACUUCUUCCACCUGAAAGGCCUCCAGGACUUCGAUACGCUCCUGCUGUCCGAUGACGGGGAGACGCUCUACGUGGGGGCGAGGGACAUGCUGCUGGCGCUCCAGGUGGGGGGCCCGGGACCCCUGAUCCUGCAGAACUCGGUCCCAUGGAGCGCCAGGCAAGAGAAAAUCUCCGAGUGUAUCUUUAAGAAGAAAAGCCAAGAGACCGAGUGUUUCAACUUCAUCCGGGUGCUGGUGCCCGUGAACAGCUCCCACCUGUACACCUGUGGCACCGGAGCCUUCAGCCCCGCCUGCACCUACGUCGAUCUGCUGAACUUCAGCCUGGCCCACAUGCCCCACGGGCAGCCCCUGGAUGGGAAGGGGCAAUCGCCCUUUGACCCUGCUCACAAGCACACAGCCGUUAUGGUCGGCGGAGAGCUGUACUCGGGGACCAUGAACAACUUUUUGGGAAAUGAACCCAUCCUCUUGCGGUCCCUGGGGACCCAGCCGCCUCUCAAGACAGACAACUUCCUCCUCUGGCUGCAACCGGAUGCAGCAUUCGCUGCCUCCUUCUCCAAUGGCUCCUUCAUCUACUUCCUGUUCUCGGAGACGGCCAGUGAGUUCCACUUCUUCGAGCCCCUCACCGUGUCUCGCGUGGCCCGCGUCUGUCAGAAUGACAAGGGCGGGGAGAAGUUGCUGCAGAAGAAAUGGACAACUUUCCUGAAGGCCCCGCUCACGUGCAAGGUACCCGGCCAGCUGCCCUGCGCCGUGGUCCGCCAUGCCGUGCUGCUGCCCGCCGUCGCCGGAGGGGCCCCCACCCGCGUCAUUGCCACCUUCACCUACCAGUGGCAGACAGGGGGCUCCGCCGUCUGUGAGUUUCCCCUGGAGGCCAUGGAGGAGGCAUUCGCAGGGAGAUUCAAAGAGAUGAAUCAGGGGAGUUCUCAAUGGACCCCGUUCACCGGCACCGAACCCACGCCCCGGCCCGGCACGUGUUCCACAGGCCCCUCCUCCGACAAGGUGCUGACCUUCGUGAAGAACCAUUUCCUCAUGGACAAGGAGGUGACCGGGUCCCUCCUCCUGGCCAAGGCCGAUGCCACCUACACGCGCCUGGCAGCGGAGCUGGCACGGGGGCUGGACGGGCACCCCUACCUCGUCCUCUACCUGGGCACCGACUCGGGCCGCCUGCACAAGGUGGUGCUGGCGGACUCCGGCAGGGGCGUGGCGCCCCGGGAGGCCUACCUGGUGGAGGAGAUCCAGCUGUUUCCAAAGCCCACCCCCGUACGGGAGCUGCUGCUGGAUCCCCACCAGGGGGUGCUGCUGGUGGGCUCCGCCCAGGGCCUGGUGCGCAUCCCGAGGGCCAACUGCUCCGUCUACCCGACCUGUGCCGACUGCGUGCUCGCCCGGGACCCGCACUGCGCCUGGCAGGAGGAGCGAGGCGUCUGCAGCUCCUCCCCAGACCUGCCCCCGGGACCCCACUCUGGCCGCCCCUCCUCACCCCGUAGGUCCCCAUGGCAUCAGGAUGUGGACAGGGGAAACCCAAGGUACGCCUGUGGUGGAGAAAGAGGCCGGAGCCUCCUGUCGCAAGACUUUGUCAAACCUGACGUGGUAUUGGAGGUCCUGGCCGCCCGCCACGCCCUGGUGGAACUCCCCUGCCCCCGGGCCUCGGCCCUGGCUUCCUACCAGUGGACGCAGGGGGUCCCCCCGGACCCCGUCAUCCCCAGCCGGAUCGGGUCCUCCACUGGUGACCUGCUGCUGGGGCCGGAGGCCGACGGACUGUACCAGUGCUGGGCCGAGGAGGCCGGCUACAGACACCCCGUGGCCACCUACUGGGUUCACAGCCCGGACCGGCCCCAGCCGCCAGACCCCUCACUGGCCGGGGUCCCGGUGAAGCCCUGGGCGGUGGUGGAGGGCGGGGAGGUGGCCCCCGCCGGCUCCCACUCAUACUGGCCACACUUCCUGGUCGUCACGGUGCUCCUGGCCCUGCUGGUGACCGCCUGCCUGGUGGCCCUGCUGGUCCCUCGCCUGGCCGCUCUGCGGGCGCAGGGCAGGGUCCAGGGGGACCCCCUCGCCCCCAGGGAGAAGGGACUCCUCAGUCCCGGGAGUCCCCAUACCUCCCAGCACUCUGACAGAGAGCACUCGGGCGCCCUGGAAGUGAUGUCCACCGAUGUGCUGAGGGAGAGGGACCCCAAAGGGAUCUGACCGUAAGGAACUGCUGGGGUGGGGGACCCUACUCUUACUGUUAUGUGGGGGUGAGGAUGGAGCGAGACCAUAUCGUUGCACCUGUGAAGGGAGUCCCUACCUUUACAGACUAGAGGAAAAACCCUACCAUUACGGACUGGGGCAAGGGGGAAGGAGAGAGACCCUACCGUUGCCGACUGUGAGGGGAGACCCCACCUUUACAGACUGUGGAAAGCCGGGGAGAGAGGCCUUACCAUUACAGACUGUGAGGGGAGACCCAACCGUUCCAAACUGUGGUGGGAGGGGAACCGUGACAGACCCGGGAGGAGACCCCAGCAGAGCGGCCCGUUGUGGUACGUACGGUGCCGGGGUGCUGCCUGUGUGGAUCUGAGCCCUCCGCCCGGGAUGGCAGCCCGUACUGUUUCCCCAGAGAAGUGACGUGGCCUAUGGGAGAGUAUAUAUUCGCCUGGGGAGGGGGGAGGGAGGAUGGGCGAUCAGAGGACCUGGGUUCUAAUCCCAGCUCCAUCCUUUCCCCUCUGGGUGACCUCGCACAGGUCGCUUCUCUGCGCUGUUUCCUAACCUCCAACUUGGGGAUGAAGUACCCCUUCUCCCUUUACUUAGACUGUGAGCCCCACGUGGGACUGGGACCGUGUCCGACCUGAUUAACGUCUACCCACCCCAGCGCUUGGCAAGGGGUGAGCGCUUUACAAGUAUCACCAUCACAACUGUGCUGUCGUCCCUUCUGGGGGGAACCUGUGCUUUCCCGUCGCUCGGCACUCCCUCCCCCUCGGCCUCCUCGGGAGCCAGGCGUCUGCGGAUCCUCAACUGUGUCCCCUGCCCCUUAUUGGAUUCGCUGGGCGCUGGGGAGGAGAGGGGGUCAAAGCCACCCUUCUCCCUUCCCGGUGCCCCGCCUCCAGCCCCUGCCUUACUUAGUCUAGCCCUUAUCCCUCCCACUGCCCGGGCCUUGGUAGGGUCAGGGAGAGAAAACCAAGCCAAAUCUCCACACGCCCCCGCCCCACCUCUUCUUGCCCUCAUUCCAGAAGCUUCCCCCGACCUCCUGUCAGCAUCACCCUAAUCCUUGUGACAAAGUGCCCCCCGCUUCAGAGCCCCGGUUUAUUUUUUAUUAAAAAGACAAAACGAC